AUGGCUGAACAAAAAUCACAAGAAACACAGUCAAUCACAUUGAAAUCAUCUGAUGGUGUUCUAUUCGACGUGGAAACAAACAUUGUGAAAGAGAUGAAAACUAUACAGUCAUUCAUGGAUGAGUCCGAAGACAUUACAACGAUUCCUUUAGCCAAUGUAUUGAGUCAACAUCUUGCAACGAUCAUUGAGUACUGCAAGAAACAUGUCUCAGAAGACGAGACCAAAGAUGCAAAAGACAAGUUUGAUGUUGAAUUCACAAAAGAAUUGAGCGGCGAAGACAUGAAACUUCUCUUCCUCGCUGCAAAUUAUCUAAACAUAAGAAGUCUUCUUGAUUUGCUAGCUGGUGCCCUUGCGGAUCAUAUUAAGAACAAGAGCGUAGAGUUUGUGCGUGAAUUUUUCAAUGUUGAAAACGACUACGAGCCUGAGGAAGAAGCCAAGCUCCGCGAGGAGAAUCAAUGGGCUUUUGGAAAUAUAGAUGAAAAAUAA